CGGAUGUCUUUGGCGCGAUGGACAUUGGACUUGAACCCAUGCCAGAAAUGUACAAAGCGAAACACAGACAAUGUGUUGAAACAAAGGGAAAUCACUUUGACCCGAAAUUCUGAGGCUUCAUCAGGCGAGCUUUGUAACUGAUCACAGCGCUUUAACGGUGCUUUGGCUACCUACACUGUUUAAAUGCAGCAGCAUGUGCGCGGCCAGCAGGACAGACCCGACAAAUGGAAUUCGCCAGCUAUUUCACGGACCCCAGCCAUCUCGCAAGUGCACUCCUAGACCAAACAGGCGCUCAGCAAGCAAUGCCCUUUGACGAUGAUGAGGACGACAUCUGGCAGCCUCUUGCUGCCUCCAGAAGUUCCUUUUCCCCGCCUCCAGAGCAGCAAACCAUCGAUCCGUCCCUGCUGAUGACCGCUUUGGACUUCCAAGUGGCCCACCCUUGGGCUCUUUUCACACCAGAGGAAGAAGACACACGCGAAAGCCGACUUGAAACUCCCGCUCCCGCCCCAGACGACACUGUUUUAGCGGACGUGCCGAUGAACGAAGAUCUGGAUGCGAGCGAUGCGCCAGAAGAUUUGGAC